UUUUUUUGCAGAGGCAGACAGAUGGCUGAACCCAGGGCGAAGCUUCCAGUCAGGUACCAGUCUGGAGAGCCUGUGGGAUGAGAUGCCCGAGCCGGGCGGACGCCCCUGGGCCAAGGAACCGGGUGCCGCCAUGGCCAUCACCAGCCUGAUCAGAGAUCUCAGCCUGGGUGACGCCGCCUUGAGCAAUGCCCACCCCUCCGCUCCCCCCAGCACUUCGCACUACACCACUGUAGCCACGAGCCAAGCGCCCACGGCGCCCCCCAGCAAGCGCCAAUGUCGCUCUUUGUCACUGUCCGACGAAUUUGGCGGCUUUCGCUCGUCGUGGCGACCUCAGGGCUCCCGAGUGUGGACGGCGGUGGAGAAGCGAAGGUGCUACAGUGGAGGGAGCGUCCGUGCCGGUGGGGGGUUCUCCGGUGGCCACUGCCUCGCCAUGCAGCGUAGCUCCAGCUUCAGUUUUCCUUCUCGUACCAGCAUCUCCACGGACGGACCGUUGGACCUGCCCUUUUUCAACCAGCGACUGCCUGCCCACCCGCACUUCACCGCCUCCCCCGUGUCCCCCACCACGCCUUCCUCGCAAUUCCCCCAGUCCUACCGUGGCCACUGCCUGCGACCUCUCUCCCUCUCCCACGAGCAGAUCAGCCUGCCCCAACUCCAGAGGGAAGAAGCUUCAGAGGCCAGCUCUCCGGAUUCCACCCCGGAACUGGGACGGCGGUCCGGCCAGAGAGGCGACGGGAAGGGGUGCCUGUCUCGUAGCAGGUCGCAGCCCUGCGUGCUGAACGACAAAAAGAUCGGGAUGAAGCGGCGGAGGCCAGAGGAUGCCCAGGAGCAAAGGCCCUCGCUAGACCUGGCAAAGAUGACUCAGGUGAGUUGCAAUUGGCCGACGCGCGCAGACAAAACGCACACAGGAAAACAUUUGCCGAGGUCUCGUGGUGAAAGUACUUUGGAUUUGAGCAGCAGGCUGGAUUUACACAACAUUGUUUAGGAGACGGGGUCACAGUUCAAAUCUGCACGUUCUUCCUGUGCUUGCUUUCCCACAUCCCGAAAGCAUAUGUUAGGUUCACUGAAGACAGUAAAUCAGGGACGUCCAAACUUUUUUUUCACUAGUCUCUCCGGGUCGUCCCGGGGGCCUCCUGCCGCCGGGACGUGCCCGGAACACCUCAGCAGGCGGGAGGCGUCCAGGAGGCAUCCUAAUC